GAGCCCAACUUUUAGUUAGACCAUUGUUGGAGGAAGGAAAAGAGAUUGAAGGAAGCAAGAACAUAUAUCUUGUUGGAGCAUCUAAUUUAAGGCUACUUCUAGGAGCUGAAACUGUAGGGUUGGUUAAAGAAUGUAAUGAUAACACAAUGAGAGCGUUUACAUAUACAUCUAGAAAAAAUUUUAAAGAUUUUGCAGAGGAUAAUCAUGAUUUUCUUACAAUGGCAGAAUGUCAAUACAUUAUCAAACAUGAACUUGAAAAUUUAAGAGCUAAAAAUGAAAAGAUGAUCCCUGGCUAUCCUCAGGCAAAGCUUUAUCCAGGAAAGUCAAUUAUGCGAAGGCUAACAACUAAUGGCAUUCUACUUCAGGUUUUUCCGCUUCAUGACCCAGACCAUUUAAAAAAACUUGGGCAGAUAUGGUAUGAACAACUGAAAAUUAGAUACCAACCUUUAGAUGAAAUCCGCUGUUAUUUUGGUGAAACACUUGCUUUCUAUUUUGCCUUUUUGGAAUAUAUCACAUUUGCUUUAAUUCCAAUGGCAGUCAUUGGGAUCCCUUAUUAUGUUUUUGAUUGGGAAGAUUAUGACAAGUAUGUGCUAUUUGCAGCAUUCAAUCUGCUGUGGUCUACUGUUAUCCUUGAACUCUGGAAACGAUCUUGUGCUGUUAUGGCUUACAGAUGGGGAACAUUGAUGAUGAAGCGACAAUUUGAGGAACCAAGGCCAGGAUUUCAUGGGGUUUUAGGUAUCAAUCCUGUCACUGGCAGAGAGGAACCCAUAUAUUCCAGUUUCAAAAGACAGUUACGGAUUUAUUUUGUUUCAGUUCCAUUUGUGUGCCUUUGUCUCUGCUUUUCACUUCAAAUAAUGAUGAUUUAUUUUGACUUGGAAUUCCAAGCACGUUUAUAUUGCGAAGAGAACCAAAAUGAAUUAAGCGCCUUGAUAUUAUACAUGCCCAGCAUAAUUUAUGCUGUUGUGAUUGAAAUUCUAAAUCGAAUGUAUAGACAUGCUGCAGAAUUCUUGACCUCAUGGGAAAACCAUAGAUUGGAGUCUUCAUAUCAGAAUCACUUAGUUUUGAAAGUCUUGGUGUUCAACUUCUUAAACUGCUUUGCCUCUUUAUUCUACAUUGCAUUUAUCUUAGUUGACAUGAAACUUCUGAGACAGAGCUUGGCAACUUUACUAAUAACUUCACAAGUCCUUAAUCAGUUUGUGGAAGCUGCACUGCCUUAUUGGCUACAAAAAAGAAGGAAUAAAACAGUAGAGAAAAAGGUGAAAGCACUGGAAAUAGAUACUGACAUGUCCUUAUUUGAACAAGUUAAUAUGGAAAAAGGAAUGGAUACUUACUUGGAUACUUUUGAUGAUUAUUUGGAGUUGUUUUUACAAUUUGGUUAUGUGAGCCUUUUUUCAUGCGUCUACCCUUUGGCUGCUAUUUUUGCUGUGCUAAACAACAUCACAGAGAUGUAUUCCGAUGCCUUAAAAAUGUGCAGUGUUUUUAAACGCCCAUUUUCAGAGCCUGCUGCAAAUAUAGGUGUAUGGCAGAUGGCUUUUCAAACUAUGACUGUAAUCUCAGUUAUUACAAACUGUAUCCUAAUUGGCAUGUCACCGCAAGUAAAUGCACUCUUCCCAGAUUCCAAAUCUGAACUUAUCAUAAUUGUAGUGUUGGCAGAGCAUUUAGCCCUAGCAGUGAAGUUUCUUAUGUCCUAUGUGAUUGCUGACAAACCCCAAGAUAUUCAGAUAAAAUUGGCAAGACUAGAAUUUGAAUCGUUGGAAGCACUGAAGCAACAGCAAAUCAAAUUGGCUGCAGAGUCUCUGAAAGAACACUAGGAUGAAAACUCAACAGUUGCAGAAGUAUAUUCUAUGCCCUACAAUAUUAAGAAGAAGAAAUACAUUAUACUUUCAUAUGAUAUCAAACUAUGAUAACAAGGAUUUUAUCUUUAUUCAUCAUAAAAAUCUCAGUGUAAUUGUUUUGCACAUUACAAUAUACUCCAUAGAAACUGAUUAAAUCCAUUCUUAAAUCUUGUUAGAACUCAUAGCCAUUACUCUGGUUUGCAAUUUUUUAAAGAUUCUUAUGCUAAUUUAAUAAGCAUAACCAUAAAUAAGAACUGCAUCUUUGGAAUGUAACAGCAAUAUAUACAUUGAUAUUCCUGGACAUCUUCAUGUUAAGAAUAUUUUGUCACUUUUUGUAGAAGGUUUACUACCUACUCUGUAUUGAAGAAGGAAUUAAUUUUGUUUUCUGUAAAAUGUAAUACAUAAAUUUCAAGUUAGGAUACAUAUACAGUAAGAAUGCUGUGUCAAAAUAUGUACUAUAAAAUGUGCAUGCUGUUUUAACUUUAAUGAUUAUUCUCCAUUAAAAUGAUUAAUUUCAAAGAACUGGAAAAUAUUUGAUUUGGCAGAAAGCUCAGUUAACUUGAUUCAUUCCCAAGACACACCCUGCUUAUAUAAGGUGUUUACUCAGAUUUUAUUUUCCUGGUUCAUUAAAAAUAGGCUGUGGUAAAGAAUAAUUUACUCUAUCAGCAGAAUUAUAUUAAAUGGUUUGUUGUAAUUCCUAUUUUCCCCUUCUGUGUACUGGAACAUUUGUCUGUACCAAAUGCUUUUUUUAUUUUAGUGUAACUUUUAAACAAUGGUAGUCUUUAUGGCCAACAUUUCUACCCAUUGCACUGUGAUAUAGCAAAUAAUGAAACAGAACUUACUUUUUGAUAAAACAUUUUGCAAACAAAUUGUAGCUUAUUAGUUAACAUUUCUUUCCAUCUCUGUUGUAAAUGGAAGGAUGCAGUCCGCUUUCCUUGCCUCCCUGUACUUGCACACAUAUAUUCAUUCUAUGCCCCUUUCAUCAAACUCUGCACUGAACAUGCACCUUGGCACUCUUUUUCCAGCCUUCCUAAGUUCACAUUACAUGGCACCUAUCCACCCCAAUUCUGGACUUCCUACUAUUUUCAUAUAGCACCUUUGUACUCUUUUCCUGGGAUUUCUUCCUCUUUCUACCUAACGACCUGCAUGUCUGGAGUUAUAACAAAUAGGACUGUCUAGAUCGUUGCUGCUAAACAAUACAGACAUGUGAUAAUGCACUUUAUGACCUUAUCUCUUAGUGAUGGCAAAUCUGAUUCGAAUUGUUAUCAUAAGAACUAACUCUAUUAUAAUGAUUGAAGUCCAUUAUAAAUACCAAUUUCUCCUACUCAACUCCAGUAAUAGCCACUAUUUUCUUAAUGUGGAAAAGAGAUUGUGGAUUUGCUUAAAUUUUGUAUUAAGUUUCCAGAAAACCCCAUAUGGAUUUAUCCAUGCAGUCACUAGGACUCAAGAUUGAAUAGAAGAUGCAUUAACUUUUAAAGGUAAGAAAGAGAAAUAAGCUGGUGAAUAAGCAUCAUGCAAUGUAAAAAGAUUACAUGUGGAAAAACUCCCAGUGCCAUAAGCUUCAUUAAGACCAUAUUACUGUCAGUUUCAAUUGUUUUUAUGGUAGGACUACUGAAAAUAUCAUCAACAUACUACACUGCAAGAUGUUUGCAUCAAUGUUAGUUGAUUCCCAUUCCCCAUGUAAGAGUUCCCUCAGAAUGUGUCUUCUGCUACAUU